CCCCUCGCCCUCCUGUCCGCGGAGUUGUCGAGCAGGACAAGCUGAGCCUCUCACGUCGCCUCCUCCCUUCUCCUCAACCCCUCUGUCCUUUCCCACAAUGACGAGCCUCCUCACACUGAGCGCCACAUUUCUUGCCAUUUUACUUAGCACAUGGGCGUUCUUCGUUCAAUUCCUGCCACCUUUGCCAUUCCUACUUUCGUAUUACUCCAUUUUUGUCUCUUCCUGUACCUUCAAGAUGAUGGCAACGAAAAACAAUCGUCCAAGUCCUCGGCAAACGCACUGUCCGAAGUGAAGCACGACAACAUCCUCCCUGCACACACAAAACGAGUUACCAGGAUUCCGGCUCGAUAUCGCGAAUCUGAAUUCAUUGCACCUAAAACAGAGCAGUACGUGGUCGAGGGCAUCAUGAAGAAAGAUGUCAUGAAUGGAAGAGUGCUCUACCUCGUGAAGUGGAAGGGAUAUCCUCACACUGAGAAUACCUGGGUCCUGUCAGAAAAGUUGGACCAGGAGCUCGUGGAUCAGUUCGAGGCUAUGCCGGCACAGAGCCCUGCCUCCAAAUCCAAGAGCGCUGACGUCAAGAAGGAGCCUGAGUCAGAGAAGAAAUCCCGAGGACGCAGCACGUCGCGGGGGCAGGAGUCUGCUUCCGACCAGAAGGAGAACACCCCCUCCAACACACGGCGAAGCGUUUCCCGAUCACGACAGUCGUUGGCCUCAAGUUCCAGCGAGACGUCCAAGUCGAAGAAGAAGUCUGUCAGUCCCAGGAAGACAAGAAGCAAAACCAAGAUUGUCUGA